AUGCGUGUUAUAGUAUUGCCUGUAUGCCAAGUUGAGCUGCACCCACAUGUUCUACUUAAAUAUGAUUUUCAAAUUAGUCCAUCCUCAAUAAAAUCUCCGGACGUUAAUAAAUCAAAAAAUGCUCAUGCACAUGAAUUUUAUUUAACACCUUAUUGCUCGUCAAUACUUUCAUCGGGUUCAAUUCAUACUGUAUGUGAAAUAAUUAAAAAUUCAAUUGUUCUUCGACAAUUAUUUAACAUACAAACAGAAGAUGAAGCAAAUAUUGAAAAUAAGAUUGAUUUCAAAGAGCACGGUCGAUUUAUUGCUUUUGGCCCUGAAACUGAUAUCUGCAUAUGUGCUUUACUAAUACCGCAUAUAUCUUCACUUGAAUUAAACUAUAUCAAUCAAAUUGAUCCACCUAUUUCUCGUCAAAAUUCGAAAAUUAACUAUGCUCAUUCACAAUCGCCUUCAGCAAAUAAAGAGAAAAUGUCUGUCGAACGUGAUACUGUUCAUUUAUGGAUAUCUCUAAAUGAUUUAUGUCAUAAAUCAAUUCAUAUUGACCAUAUACUGAAGCAAUCAGGAAUUCUAUCGAAACUAUCUCAAAUUGGCAGUUGGAUCCAAUCGUAUCAUGAAAAUACACAUCAAUCAAUGACAACGACAAAUAUUGAUACAACACUUCAACUGAUCAAAGCACGUGCGCGUACACUUGUUUGGGAUAUAAUGGAAAUGAAAAAUGAAAUCUUAUAUCCACAUCCUGUUCAUGGACGUAUUCCAAAUUUUCGAAACAAUCCGAAUUGUUCAACGAAUUUAGCACAACUUGAAGAAUUUCAACGAGCACGCGUUAUUGAGAUUUGUCCAAGUCUUGCACAAGAACACUUACGUUUAUUUUCAUUAUGCCAAGGAAAAGUAGUUCUUACUCCAGCACCAUCUAUUGAUGAUGCAAUUUGCUACAAACUCGAUCCAACAUUUUUACGCAAUCACGAUUUAGCAAGAGCAGCCACAAAAUCUGGCGCCGCUGCUCUAGGUACAAUAGUUAAUUUAACGGCUAUUGGAAAUUUACAUGUCGAUAUUUUUGUUGUUGCUUCCGUGAUUGUUAAUCCAAUAAGUGGGGCUCGUUUAGGCAAAGGCAAAGGCUAUGGUGACAUUGAAUAUGCCAUGAUGUAUCAAUUAGGUGCAUGCAAUAAUAAAACACUGGUUGUUACAACUGUACAUGAAAGUCAAUUACUUAAUGAUCUACCAGCAUCGGUCAUGACCGAACAUGAUUUACCUGUGAACGUUAUUAUUACACCUAAACGUAUAAUUUAUACAAAUAAUACAUUUACACGUCCACAUGCAAUUAAUUGGAAUGAUAUUGAUAGUGAAACUAUGCUUAAUUUACCGGUGUUAAAAGAGUUUAAACGUAUUCAAAAAGUCAUUUAG